CCCUGCAGUAUUUGAAUAAUUAAACCUUGAAUAUCUCUUUCGUGAAAAUUUAUCAUAGCAAUUUGACACCAGUGUUCAGAAACACGUUGCUUGCCGUUCCUGUCGGAGUCAUUUUCUUGUAAACCUCUCUUCCACCUGGCAGUAGUUGAUAUUGGUGAACAAUGGGUAGGGUUAUCCGUUCACAGAGGAAGGGAGCAGGAAGUGUCUUCACAGCUCACACCCACCACCGUAAAGGACCAGCAAGGCUCCGAAAUCUAGAUUAUGCUGAAAGGAGAGGUUACAUCAAAGGUGUCAUCAAGGACAUCAUUCAUGACCCUGGUAGAGGUGCACCCCUUGCAGUAGUUCAUUUCCGUGACCCAUACAGAUACAAGAGGAGGAAAGAAUUGUUCAUUGCUGCUGAAGGAAUGUACACAGGACAGUUCGUCCAUUGCGGUAGAAAAGCUAAACUCCAAAUUGGAAAUGUCAUGCCCCUUGGACUCAUGCCUGAGGGUACCAUUAUCUGUAAUUUAGAAGAGAAAGCUGGCGACAGAGGUCGCUUAGCCCGAGCAUCUGGUAACUACGCCACUGUUAUCGCUCACAACCCCGACACAAAACGCACCAGGGUCAAGUUGCCCUCGGGAACGAAGAGGGUUCUCCCAUCCAACAACAGAGCCAUGGUUGGUGUCAUUGCUGGUGGUGGUCGUAUUGACAAACCUAUGUUGAAAGCUGGUAGAGCGUAUCACAAAUACAAGGCCAAGCGUAACUGCUGGCCCAAGGUUCGUGGUGUUGCUAUGAACCCUGUUGAGCAUCCUCACGGAGGAGGUAACCAUCAACACAUUGGUAAAGCUUCAACCGUCAGACGAGGAGCCAGUGCUGGUAGAAAGGUUGGUCUCAUUGCUGCCAGGCGUACCGGAAGAAUUCGGGGAGGAAAGGUCGAAAAGAAAGGAGACGAAUAAACUGUUUACUGUUUAUACACUAUUUUUACUAUUUAACAAUAAAUCCUUUUUUUUUAUUUUCCAACUGUA